GUCCGUAUGACGUCACUGACAAACAUGGCGGCGCAAUGUGAGUCUCUCACCUGAACGCCACAAUCACAACAAAAGUGGUUGUCGCGAACGCGAACAGUCCGCGGGUGUCACACAACGAUCGGUCCGAUCGUCUGUGCACCGACGCGGCUCCAAAUGGAAGAAUGGUGAGGACGAAUUGUGUCGUUCGCACCCUUUUAAUCGACCAUGUCUAAGCCGAGGACUCACUGCGUUGCUGCUACUACUACUUCUACUAGUGCACCACCUGCCUUCGCUGAGCUGUGGAGGUCUGUCUCCACCGUGGGCAAAACACAAGACAAAACGCCAACAUGCGCCGAAGAGCUGCAGAGUCCUCAGCGCAGAGGCUACGGCAGAUUCUUUGGACUGAACAAUGGAGACUCUCCAGGUGACACGGAGCCUUCGCAGGACAUCAUCUGGGACUCCACGUCACCUAACGCAGGGAGUAGCAGGAAUUUCCGAUCGGUGGAAAUAUCCGACAUCGUCAAUCGCAUCGCGCCAAAGGACGUGAACCCUCAAGGGCCACGAUCUCCUCUGUGGCAGUGGAUCAGCGAGAGCGCCGCUUUGACGCCUGAGAUGCCCAAACCAAGAGCGAAGAAGAAGUCCGUUCGGGACAACUGUGUGGACGACCUGAUGAAGUUAGCCCGGCAGUUUGACAAGAACAUGCAGCAGGCCAAGGAGGCUUCAGAGCAGCUAAGCACAAACAACAACAACAACACGUCUCCGCUGAGUCGUACGGAGGAAGAACUUCGCGCACUUUUUGACUCCUCCACCCAAGGCGACGGUCGCGGGCUCAGCCCAAACUCGUCCAGGGCGUCUCCUACCCAGGAAGGAAGUAAUUUCGCGGCGGGACCACCGUCAUCCGUGCUGAAGCCGGCGAGCAAGCGUGACGACUUUGACGACGACUGGGACGAUGAUCUCCUGAAUGACCCGCUGGUGCUGGCCAUGCCGCAGAACUCUGACGUUAAUCAGCUUCCGGAGCCCGCUCGGGUUCUCCAGGUCAAGCCGGUUGUCGGCACUCUCCAGCAGUUGUGUCCACAAAUCAAGACCACCAAGAGAAGCACUUUCAAGUUAGAGCCGAACCCUCACUUCCAAACAGACGCACCCAGGUCCACGCCACAGAAACUACACACAUCCGAGGCAAAACCGGCCGCCUCAAAGACGGUUUUCACCGCAAUCACAGACCGGCAGCAGCCUUGUGUCGCUGCAGACUCCCUAAAAGAAGCUUGUGACACUUUAUGGGAGGACUGGGAUGACGACGCGCUCUUCUACCAGGUGUGCGACACCGCGGAGAGGCUCUCUAACAGCCAGCCUGCGCAGGCGAGCUCCAGCAGGAUCCAGGAGAAACCGUCCAAAGCGGCGGACGGACCGACAAAGACCGCCUCCACCCCUCUGCCCAUCGGCAAAACGCUUCCCGCCAACGCAGAGUCACCUCGCACUUUUGUCCGCUCCAACUCGCUACCUGAAGGAUGGAACGCUCCGGCGAGAGACCGCACCGGAAGACUAGGGAUGUCUCGGAGCCUACCAGGAAGCCACAGAGGUGGGGGUUCUUCUGGAAGUCAUGCCGACGCGACAACGCGGACGGUGACUGCCGCCUCCAAGAGGAGCGUGUGCGACUCCGCAGCGAAAACAAACAAAGUGUUCGUCACCUGCCAGAUGGCGGGAAAGUGCUGCUCGGAGGCCGAGAUUGAGAGGAAGAAACAAGAAGCUUUGGCCAGAAGGCGCCAGAGAAUACAGGACCUCCAAAAACCGUAGCAGGCCCAGACUGGAGGAUAGGAUCGUCUAUUGCUGCUGUUGUUAAAAAACAUGCCUGCCGCUCGUGAAGAACAAUAUGAGAUGAAACAGGAUUCUGUUACACUUUCCUUUGACUGAAUUAUUCCAUGUCUGACCUCACGGGAAACAAAGUAGUACUUGAACACACAUUUUACUUUGAAAGUAUUAUUCCCGCUCAAUCUAUUUUUGUACGUUUCGUUUUUUGAGUUUUACCCCAUCGGACUUUGCAGUGGGUCCACUUUGAGUCAUGUGGCCACAAUUUACAUGCCAGCACCUUCGACUGAGUGACAAGAUCAGGAACUUGAUGGGAGAACUGACGGAUUUUUG